UUCAUUCAGUUCCUUCAAGUCAAGGAGAGCAGAAGUCCUCCACUGCCAGAAUGAAUUGGUUGAUCUUUUUAACAUUUUACAUUUGGAUGACCAGUGGAUUGCAAAGAGUUACCCUGAAAAGACACCGAUCUUUGCGGCAAAUAUUGAGGGAACGUGGGCAAUUGACUCAGUUUUGGAAGAAAUAUAAGAUAGACAUGAUACAGUACACCCAAGACUGCUCAGUAUUUAAAGAAACCAAUGAACCUCUCUUUAACUAUUUUGAUGUGGAAUACUUUGGACAGAUCUCCAUUGGAAACCCUCCACAGAAUUUUACUAUACUCUUUGACACUGGUUCUUCCAACCUCUGGGUACCAUCUAUUUAUUGUGUCAGCAAGGCUUGUGUUGAACACUCCAGAUUUCACCCAUCACAGUCCAGCACCUACACUGAAGUGGGUACUUCUUUUUCCAUUCACUAUGGCACUGGUAGCUUGACAGGAAUAAUUGGAAUGGAUCAAGUGACUGUUGAAGGACUCACCAUAGUAAAUCAACAGUUUGCAGAAAGUGUCUCUGAACCUGGUAACACCUUUUUGGAUUCAGAAUUUGAUGGGAUACUUGGUCUGGCCUAUCCAUCCUUGGCUGUGGAUGGUGUGACCCCUGUAUUUGAUAAUAUGAUGGCUCAAAACCUGGUGGAUUUACCAAUAUUCUCAGUUUACAUGAACAGAAACCCUUAUUCUUCUGUUGGAGGGGAACUGAUUUUUGGUGGCUAUGAUGAGGCCUAUUUCAGUGGAAAUCUGAACUGGAUUCCAGUCACUAAGCAGGGAUAUUGGCAGAUCCAACUGGAUAAUAUCCAGGUUGGUGGGAAUAUUGCAUUUUGUGCAGAUGGAUGUCAGGCUAUAGUGGAUACAGGAACAUCUCUCAUCACAGGCCCUUCUAAAGACAUAAAGCAAAUGCAAAAAUUAAUCGGGGCACAAGCUAUGGAUGAUGAGUAUGCUGUGGAAUGCAACAAUCUCAAUGUGAUGCCUCUUGUCACUUUCACAAUCAAUGGAAACGCUUAUCCUCUUACUCCAGAGGCUUACACUGUCAUGGUCAAUAGUGAUGGGAUAAACCUAUGCACCAGCGGCUUCCAAGGUUUAGAUAUAGAAUCUGCAACUGAUCCACUCUGGAUUCUGGGAGAUGUUUUUAUUGGCCAGUACUACUCUGUCUUUGAUCGGGGAAAUAACAGAGUGGGGUUGGCUCCAGUUGUCUCCCAAGAGGCUUAGAGACAAAAAGGAAUGACAGUCUAUUCCUUUUCUUAUCUUCUUUUGAGCAGCAAAAUCAGGUUUCCUAUCUCUUUUUUUUGUUUCCAACGUGAAAUACAAUCAAGAUUAUGGCUUUUAUCUAUAAUCACAAAUUCCUUGAGAUCCCCUGGAGAAGAGCUGUUUAGAUGUGUCAGUUCUCAGUAUACAGAUAUGUGUUGAUUUUAUCUUCUCUCAUCAAGUAAAUUAGAUUAAAUAAAUCCUGAAUACUUCAAACUCAAAACACUGUGUCACAGUCUCAGGCUGGGCUAAGCAUGAUUUAUUGAAUAAAUGCACUGGACUGAGUUGAUCCACCAUGUUAACUUAUAUAUCAAACUUUAUAAACUACAUGGUUGGUUUACAUAAUAUUCUUAUCUACACUAAUCAAAAUGCAUUUUGAUUGAAUAUCUUGUGUGAAUCUAGUCUGAUUUGUGAGAUUUCCUCUUUGUAAAAUAAAACAGAACUGCAUCUUGCAAAAGUAUUUAACAUAAAUGAUUUAAGUAAAUAGAUGAAUAACUAAGAAUAUUUCUUAAACAGCAAAAACUUUUAAUAAAAAUAUUUUUGUACUCCUAAA